CCGGAAGCCUGACACUGCCUCCGGGUCCGGAUCCCAUGUCCGGAGCUGGGCAGCGCCCCCGCAGCCGCCGGCGCCCCGGACCCGGUAACUGCGCCCGGGCCUGGGCAGCCCUCCGCUGCGCGCCAGGCCUCCAGGACCAUGUGGUACAUCAGCACCCGGGGGAUGGCUCCGCGGGUCGACUUUGAGGGGGCCCUCUUCUCUGGCUAUGCUCCUGAUGGAGGCCUCUUCAUGCCCGAGGAGCUCCCACCACUGGGCAGAGAGACGCUGCGUCAGUGGAGUGCACUCUCCUACCCAAGCCUGGUGAAGGAGCUGUGUGCCCUCUUCAUUGGCCCUGAGCUCAUUCCAAGAGAUGACUUAAACGAUCUGAUCUACCAAGCCUUCCGCAGAUUCCGCCAUAGAGAGGUGGUCCAUCUGUCCAGGCUGAAGAACGGGCUGAACGUGUUGGAGCUGUGGCAUGGGAUCACGUAUGCGUUUAAGGAUCUGUCCCUGUGCUGCACAGCACAGUUCCUGCAGUACUUCCUGGAGAAAAGGGAGAAGCACAUCACUGUGGUUGUGGGAACUUCAGGGGACACAGGGAGUGCUGCCAUUGAGAGUGUUCAAGGGGCAAAGAAUGUGGACAUCAUCGUUCUGCUGCCCAAGGGUCACUGCACGAAGAUUCAGGAGCUCCAGAUGACAACGGUGCUGAAGGAGAACGUCCGUGUGUUUGGAGUGGAGGGAAACAGCGAUGAGCUCGAUGAGCCAAUCAAGGCCGUGUUUGCGGAUGUGGCUUUUGUCAAGAAGCACAAUCUGAUGAGUCUGAAUUCAAUCAACUGGUCUCGGAUCCUCGUGCAAAUGGCCCACCACUUCUUUGCUUAUUUCCGGUGUGUUCCAUCCUUAGAUAUGGACCCACUGCCCCCUGUGGAGGUGGUUGUGCCAACGGGGGCUGCUGGUAACCUUGCAGCUGGGUGCCUUGCUCAGAAGAUGGGCCUGCCCAUCCGCCUGGUCGCAGCAGUGAACCACAACGACAUCAUCCACAGGACUGUCGAGCGAGGAGACUUCUCUCUGUCUAAGACCGUCAAACCAACCUUGGCAUCAGCUAUGGACAUUCAGGUGCCCUACAACAUGGAGAGGAUAUUCUGGCUAUUAUCUGGUUCUGACAGCCAGGUGACUAGAGCCCUCAUGGAGCAGUUUGAAAGGACCCAAAGUGUGAGUCUACCUGAGGAACUUCGAAGCAAGCUUUCAGCAGCAGUGACGUCUGAGUCGGUGUCAGAUGAGGCCAUCACCCAGACCAUGGGCCGCUGCUGGGAAGAGAACCAGUACCUGCUGUGCCCUCACUCAGCUGUGGCCGUGAGCUACCAUUACCAGCAGAUGGACAGGCAGCAGCCCAGCCCUCCCCGGUGUUGCCUGGCUCCCGCCUCUGCAGCCAAGUUCCCAGAAGCUGUCCUGGCUGCCGGGCUGACCCCACAGAUUCCCUCGGAGGUAUCAGCCCUGGAGAAGAAAGAGACACGCUGUACCCCAAUGCGGAAGAGUGAUGACUGGACCCUGAUGCUUCGGGACACAAUUGAGGACAUAGGCCAGCAGUGGAGGGGUCACUUUCCAAAUGCUCCAGAAUAGCCAGGCUGGAGUAGGCUUCAGACCCUGGGAGCGGGUAGGGUUCCGAGGUGCCUUGUUUGUGGUCUUCCUUUUAAAAUUUGGCAUAGGAGGUUCUCAGGAGCUGCGUGGGGGCUGGAGACAGCUGUCUUUGCUCUGUGCUCUCACCAUGGCAGGGUGGUGCCUGGACUCCAGGGAGGCGGGGUGGGGGUGCAAACAGUUGCUGGAGGCACACCCCCACCGCUGAACAGUGCAGGGGCAUCUCUGCUGUAUACGAAGGUUUCAGGGCCUGCAAAUGAAGGGCCUUGAGCUCAGCCCCGGGGUUUAGGACCCCAGACCCUAAACCUGGGCAAGUGGGGGCUGCUCACUGCAUUAGCACAGGCCCGGGGCUCACGUAAACAGACCUCUGGCCUGUUUAUCCAGAGGUCUCCGCCACCUUAUCAGAGGCUUCCAACAUCUGUUGAGAUGUUGGGAAUCCCUAGACUACAAGUGUAUAUUCAGUGUGAUGGUGACUCUGCAUGACCUGUGGGCAGAGCAUGGUGGCUGCCGAGUGGGAUGGUGGUGCUGCGGUGUGUGCUACAUCCACCAGCUGCUACAGAUGGGCUAAGUGUGUAGGGGGCAGCAGAAUAGGCAACAGGGCAAGUGGCACAGAUGGUGGUGGUGGAUGGGGUUGAGGUGUGGGAUCACCAGAUCUAGGUCAUGUGGGUAAGUGUGCUCCUCAAAGUGCAAACAGUCAAGUUGCCCUGUUGCUCAUACAUCAGGUUCGCCUGCUUUGUUAAACCAGGGCGUAUGUCAUAGCAGUGCGAAGCAAUGAUCCCUUGUUGGCCACCAAAUAAUGUCCAGAUGCCUACAUUUCCAUAGGUGCCUCCAUGAUCAUCCUGCCCCAGAGAAAUCAAAUCGUUUUUUCCUCUGAGAACAUGACUCACUCUCUCCCCUUUUCUUGUACUUGCCUCUGUGUGAAGGUCCUUUGAUGAGGCUGCAAGACCCAUCCCACAGACUUUUUAAAUCCUGGUUCCUGUGUCUUGUUAGCUGUGGAGUUGGCCCUCAUCAGCCCAGCUGAAAUAAUGAUUCCUGUUUCUGAACUCUGGCAGAAUUUUAACUGUAAGUUUCUUAAGAUGCAUAGUACCUUCUACCCUGUUUUAUGGUUCUUCGCAUUAGACAUUAUCUCCUCAUCUCUAAGCUUCUUGAAAAUAGAAACCAUUGUUCAGCACAAUGAGCUGAAACUUUUUAGAUUUGCCCCCAUUGAUUAAAAAAUUUUUGAUAUGUUCUCCCAACAUAUUUAUACUAAAUUAUGUAUAUACUACACAAACCACAUACUGAAAUGGGACUGAAGGAAUAAUAAUAAAACCUACAUUUAAUACUCCAGUGGAUUGCCUUAUAGGGCCGUCUUUGGCAGUCCUGGUUGAGCGUAGUGCCUGGUGCAUUCUGUAACCAGCCAGGAACCAGGGGUGAGGCUCCUCUGUGAUUGCAUAUCUGCCCGACACUGAGGGAUGGUUCUCAAAGUGUGGCCCUUUGGUCUCUUCAGAAUGCACACUCUAGGCCCUCCCAUACCCCGGGACCUCCAGAAGCAGAUCUCGGCAUGGGGUGGGCAUCUGCAGUUAUUACAAAUUCUUCAAGUCUUUUGCGCAUUUUAAUUUGGGGCACCCUGGCUGGGAACUUUAAGUUUACGAAUAAGUUUCUUCCAAAUGAGGUGUGCUUUAUUCCUCCUUCUGUUCUCGUGAUCUAGCCCUGCACUGUCCAAUUCCGUAGCCACUAGCCAUAUGUGACUGUUGAGCACUUGACAUGUGAACAGUACAACUAAGGAACUGAAUUUUAAAUUUUAUGUUAUUUAAUUUACAAUUAAAAUUUAAAACUACUUGAUUCAGUUAUCGGAAAACUUAAGUAUGUUCGGAAAAAUGCUGAUAGCGAAUUUGCUUUUUCAGUUGUAAAUUUUAUGAAGUAUAUAAAAUACUGAUAAGUAUUUCCAGUGAAAGUUUAGUUAGAACACUGAAUUAGACAUUGAGAUGUGUCACGAUUGUAAAAUCAUCCUGGAUUUCAAAGACUUUGAAUGAAAAGAAACGAAAAUAUCUCGCUAAUAAUUUUAUGUUGAUUACAUGUUGAAAGGAUAGUAUUGAUGUUUUGUGAUAAAUAAAAUUUAUUAUCAAAAUCGA